AUCAGCUGGAGAUGCUCUUUUUGAGCUGGAUGAAGCUAAUUCCAUACAGCCACCAAUGCCACCUACGGAAUUUGCCUAGUCCGCUAUAAUGCCGGGAGUGGUUUUAGAGGAGGUACCAAUUCUCCCACCUGAUGAGCUGGAGGUGCUCUUUAGAGAGCUGGAUGAAGCUAAUUCUAUACAGCCACCAGUGCCACCUACGGAAUUUGCCUAGUCCGCUAUAAUGCCGGGAGUGGUUUUAGAGGAGGUACCAAUUCUCGCACCUGAUGAGCUGGAGGUGCUCUUUAGAGAGCUGGAUGAAACUAAUUCCAUACAGCCACCAAUGCCACCUACGGAAUCUGCCCAGUCUGCUAUAAUGCCGGGAGUGGUUUUAGAGGAGGUACCAAUUCUGACACCUGAUAAGCUGGAGGUGCUCUUUAAAGAGCUGGAUGAAGCUAAUUCCAUACAGCCACCAGUGCCACCUACGGAAUCUGCCCAGUCUGCUAUAAUGCCGGGAGUGGUUUUAGAGGAGGUACCAAUUCUCACACCUGAUGAGCUGGAGGUGCUCUUUAAAGAGCUGGAUGAAGCUAAUUCCAUACAGCCACCAAUGCCACCUACGGAAUCUGCCCCGUCUGCUAUAAUGCCGGGAGUGGUUUUAGAGGAGGAACCAAUUCUCGCACCUGAUGAACUGGAGGUGCUCUUUAGAGAGCUGGAUGAAGCUAAUUCCAUACAGCCACCAAUGCCACCUACGGAAUUUGCCUAUUCCGCUAUAAUGCCGGGAGUGGUUUUAGAGGAGGUACCAAUUCUCACACCUGAUGAGCUGGAGGUGCUUUAG